AUGAUUAAGUGGCUCCUAGUCCUGUCUGCCCUCGUGGCUUUCGCCGAAUGCUUCCACAAGAUUCCCCUGAUCAAGGGAAAGACUGCCAGGGAAGCCCUGCAGGAGAAAGGAAUAUGGGAGGAGUUCAGAAAGGAGCAUCCAUACAACCCCAUGGCCAAGUUCUACCAGAGUGGUACUGAGUCCAUGACCAACGAUGCUGACCUUUCCUACUAUGGUGUGAUCUCCAUCGGCACCCCUCCCCAGUCCUUCAGUGUCAUCUUUGACACCGGCUCCUCCAACCUGUGGAUCCCUUCAGUGUACUGCUCCAGCCAGGCCUGCCAGAACCACCGUAAAUUCAACCCACAGCAGUCCAGUACUUUCAAAUGGGGAAGCCAGCCUCUGUCCAUCCAGUACGGCACCGGCAGCAUGACUGGAUAUCUGGCCAGUGACACUGUUGAGGUGGGCGGCAUCUCUGUGGUCAACCAGGUGUUCGGAAUCAGCCAGACAGAGGCUGCCUUCAUGGCUAGCAUGGUGGCUGAUGGCAUCCUGGGAUUGGCCUUCCAGAGCAUUGCUUCUGACAACGUCGUGCCUGUCUUUGACAUGAUGGUCAAGGGGGGACUUGUGUCUCAACCCCUGUUUUCCGUCUAUCUGAGCAGCAACAGUGCACAGGGCAGUGAGGUGGUCUUCGGUGGUAUUGACAGCAGCCACUACACUGGACAAAUCAACUGGAUCCCUCUGUCCUCUGACACCUACUGGCAGAUCAAAAUGGACAGUGUUAUCAUCAAUGGACAGACUGUAGCCUGCGCUGGUGGCUGCCAGGCCAUCAUCGACACUGGUACCUCCCUGAUCAUUGGCCCAUCCAGGGACAUCAGCAACAUUAAUUCUUGGGUUGGAGCCUCAACCAACCAGUACAGAGAGGCUACAGUGAACUGCCAGAACAUCCAGAGCAUGCCUGAGGUCACCUUCACCCUCAACGGAAACGCCUUCAUCAUCCCUGCAUCUGCCUACGUCUCUCAGAGCUCCUACGGUUGCAGAACUGGCUUUGGCCAGAGUGGCCAACAGCUCUGGAUCCUGGGAGAUGUCUUCAUCAGGCAAUACUACGCCAUCUUUGACUCCAGUACUCCAAAAAUUGGUCUGGCCAAGUCUCUCUAA